GGCUGCCCAGAAUGGGGAAAGCAAUACCACAUAUGCCAUGCACGGACACGAUAUUGGAGUAGAGAUGAUCAAAAGCUCGUGCCAUGUUUAUUGAAUAGACAUACUACUGUUUGUUAAGGACAUCAAAUACAACGCUUCAACGAGAACCCAGAUGGUAUCUAUUCUUUCAUUGGUUGGUAAGUUAUUUAAAGCAAGUGCAACGCAUUACCAUCGCCGCCCUGCACGAGCAUGGGAGAGAGUACGUGAAUUGUGCCCAAGCCUGAUACUUGCCGCUCCAGCAGCGUCCCCGUGCUAUGUCCGAACGGAUUUGCGCUGCGAAUGAUGAUGAUGUCACGGAAAGGGGAGGCGCACUUGAGCCAGCUAAAAAAGAAAGAUCCAGCACAGCCGGACAAACGUGGCACCAAAUGCUACUGCAUCCGUCGCCGUCCUCGUCUCAGCUUUCCUAUGGUUCGGAGGCGACCCAAAACGACGUUGUUAGUGUUUCGUCCACACCGCGCCCAACGGCGAGAUAUGCCAGCAACGUGUUCAGCGAGCUGGAUGAAAGCGCUUGUAACUACGAUUCCGGUAACUUUUCACUAUCCGAUUCGAGCAUCAAAAGCAAGCAGGCGUCCGCCGUUGUCGGAGAUGGCGAUGCCGGGAGCAGCGAACUCCAUCAUCGGUUUGUGCAGUUGAACACUGAGCUGUACCAGGCCAAAACCGAGUUGUUGACGUACAAGUACAAGUGGAACGAAAUACGCAAUGAAAUUGGAUUGAACUGGAGCAAAAAGCUGGACAAACUCGUGGAGGAAAAGAAUGAGCUCGUGAAGGAACUGGAUGAGCUGAGCAAGGAACUUGCUCGCGUGAAACAGGGCGAUGCGAGUAACCGUGAAUUGCACCGUUUGCGGUCUGAGCUGGCUGAUGUAACCGUGCAAUUCGAGUGCAAGAAACAGGCCAAUAAGGACUUGAUUCUUAAAAUAGCCGAACAGUACGGUGAAAAUGAAAACCUUUCAACGAAGCUGGGGAGACUGGAAGCGAUGCUUGCCGAUGGUCGUAGUGAGCUUUCAAGGACGAAGGAAUCAGAAGGAUGGUUUCGCGAGGAGUUACACCGGUGCCAAAAUGAAAAUGCCAAACUUAAAGCUGCUCUUUCAGCCACAGCUGAUCGGAUGUAUAGAGAGCGAGCAGAAUCGGAAAGAAGACUGUGCGCCGCAAGGGAGGAUUGCAAGAGUGCAAUAACUAAACAAGAGUCUACAGAUAGGUCUGCUUGUACGGAAUGCUCCAAAGCAACUAAGCAACUAAGAGUACAAUCCAGCAAGGAAAUUGCAUUGCUUAAGGAAACCGCAGAUCGACGAAUAGCGGAUCUUUCCGCUAGUAAUAUGCACCUGGAGAAGCAAAAUUUCGAUCUGCACACUUUGAUCGAUCAACUCAACCGAUCGCUUACAGAUCAUCAGCAGCAGCUCAUAAAAUGUGCCAAAAAUGAAAAGGAAACCCUGCAAGGGCUGCAAUGCUUGAUGGCCGAUGAUUUAGGUUCGAAUUCUAGUGGCAGGGAAACGAGGCGGCGCCAUGAAAGCGAAAUUGCGACACUCAGUGCGCAGCUGGCACGCGAGUGUUUCACCAAACGACAGAUAGAGGUCGGCGUUGAACAGCUGAAAGCGCAGGUUAAAGUUUUAUCGAUAAACUUUGUUUCCACCUGCCAACGGUUGGCUGUACAGGAAUGCGAAUUGAAAUCCCUUCGCACACGGAAUAGUGAGUUAGAGCGUCGGUUCACCAGCAGUCACCUACCCGUGACCAUGUGGACGCCUAGAGAAGAGGACCAGCUUCUGGAGAAUUUUCGGGUUAUUCAAUCGAAAAAUUACGACCUGGAGCUAAAAUUAGGUCAGUGUGUGGACGAUACUCAAACAGCGGCGGACCCUACCGGAGCUACUCAAUUCAAACCGCAGCUUAUUCGCCAUAGUGAAGCGAUUAUUACUCUGCUUAAACAGAACAUUACGGACCUGGAGCGAAAUCUUACGCCCAGGGAACUGAACGUAAGUGCGGACCAAGUGGAGAGCAGCAGUAAAAUGGCGUGCCCAAAGCAUGGUUCGAGUUGCCGUGCAAAUGCAGAGAUCGAUGAGGCAAAUAUGCGCGAUCUUCGUACAAUGCUGAAAGCUAUCGAGAGCGAUAAUCGGCGCCGUUUGGAGCGUUACGAGAUAAACAAUCGAACGUUAUUGAAAAAGAUUAAAGAGUGUGCUCGGGAACGGGAACGUAGCGAGCAACGGGUUGCUGAGCUAGAGAAGGAACACGCCAAAUGCGGACAUCUUCGUUGCGAUAUGGCAUCACAACGAGAGCGCUGCUUACUGCUGGAAGCGGACCUCGAAUCCUGUCAACAGGAAGCAACAAUGUUACGGGCUGGAAAGGAUCGACUGGUAUCCUUGUUGCAGAACAACUGCCGACUUAUGUCCAACGGUGAUGUUUGGGCUUCGUUGAAACUGACGUUUAAGGAACUCCACGAACUGCAGCAGGUGCACAAGGAGAACGAACGGCUGAAGGAGCAGGUAGAGAUGGAUGCAAAAAAGAUUGCACAGCUGGAAGCGGCAUCGUGUGACUGGAAGCUGGCAGUCGAAGUGCAGUCAGCGGAUGCCGAUGAGCUUCGUUCUGAGCUGGCCGUGAAGAACCUACAACUUGAGGACUCUCGGCGUACGGUAGAGCGUUUGGUGGACGAAAAUCGGUCGCUGCAACAGUCCGCCACUAUGGUGGCUGCGAAUGAGUCCAGCCUUACGCAGCAACUGGACGAACUGAACCGCUUAGUGCGUAUCCAGGAGAUUCGACUUGAAACAGCCCAUGAACGAUUGAAGUUGUACGAAGAUUCCGAACGAGUUCUGGCAGCUUCAAAAGAACGAUUCUUCCACGAUCUUCAAUCCCUCCAGAACGCGAUUCUACUGGAAAAACAAGAAAAGAAUGAGCUACAGGCGGAGGUUCGAGAACUGCGUCGAAACAUGAUGAAUAUGGUUGGAAAUAGUUUACAGAAUAUCAACCAAACGCAAAUUUCUAAUAGUGGCAGUGGUCAACGGUCUACCGCCAUUACCAGUCCAGAUCUGAAAUCACUUUCACCAUCCAGUUUGGACAUUGAUCAACUACAGGCGCUGGUAGAAGAGAGCUCCCGUAAAAGCUGUUCUCUCAAUCCGCUAAAAGAGUGCGUGUUUUCCCUGAAACAAGAGAUGAAUAACCUUAAAGCGGUUAUGCUAUCUGAUCAGCAGCAGCAACACCGUCCCAAUCAGUUGCACGAUGCACGCUUCCCAUUAUCGCUGAUGGAAGAGCUGAACGAUGCCGCAAAUGGAUUUUACGGAAGUAGAUGAGUGUAGGGGUAAUAAGACCCGCAAUGUCUUAGUGUUAUUAUAUAAAAAGUAAUGAUUAUCAGGUUGAUGAAAAGUUCUAAAUCAUAUAAUGUGAGCAAAAGAGAGAGAGAGAGAGAGGGAAAGAGAAAGAGAGAGAGAGAGAGAGAGAGAGAGAGAGAGAGAGAGAGAGAGAGAGAGAGAGAGAGAGAGAGAGGGGGGGGGGGGGGA